AUGCUGAAACAAACUGUUGGAUAUGGCGCGGGGCCGUUUAAUUGGUGGAAAUUGCUUAUUAUAUUCUUUUUAUUUCUUUUUGAUUUUCCACCGGAACUUAUGCGUCGAGCCUGGUGCGCAAAGACCAGUAUUGGUCAUUUGCUAUCUAGACCUCUGAGGGUUAACAUCCGGUCCUUCGCUUGCUCAGUACCACCACAAGUCUCAGCCCGUAAUUGGCAAGCCCGACACAGAGUCUCAAAUUGGCAAGCCCGACACAGAGUCUCAUGGACACAGAGUUCAGCCGUAAUAUGUCUCAGCAUUGGCAAGCCCGACACAGAGUCUCACCGUAAUUGGCAAGCCCGACACAGAGUCUCAGGCCUCAGCCGUAGGCAGCCAAGUCUCAGCCGUUCAAGCAGAGUCUCAGCCGUGGCAAGCCCGACACAGAGUCUCAGCCAGUCUCAGCCAGAAUUGGCCCCGACACAGAGUCUCAGCCGUAAUUGGCAAGCCCGACACAGAGUCUCAGCCGUGGUUGGCAAGCCUGACACAGAGUCUCAGCCAGAAUUGGCAAGCCCGACACAGAGUCUCAGCCGUAAUUGGCAAGCCCGACACAGAGUCUCAGCCGUAAUUGGCAAGUCCGACACAGAGUCUCAGCCAGUCUCAGCCGUCCAAGCCGACACAGAGUCUCAGCCGUGGUUGGCAAGCACACAGAGUCUCAGCCCGUGGUGGCAAGCCCGACAGAGUCUCAGCCGUAUUGGCAAGCCCGACACAGAGUCUCAGCCAGUGGUGGCAAGCCCGACACAGAGUCUCAGCCGUGAGUGGCAAGCCCGGCACCAGAGUCUCAGCCGUAAUUGGCAAGCCCGACACAGAGUCUCAGCCGUAAAGUCAAGCCCGACACAGAGUCUCAGCCGUAAUUGGCAGUCUCAAAUUGCCCUGACACAGAGUCUCAGCUGUAAUUGGCAAGCCCGACACAGAGUCUCAGCCAGUGGUUGGCAAGCCCGACACAGAGUCUCAGCCCGGCAAGCCCGACACAGAGUCUCAGCCGUAAUUGGCAAGCCCGACACAGAGUCUCAGCCCGUAAUUGGCAAGCCCAGAGUCUCAGCCAGUAAUUGGCAAGCCCGACAGAGUCUCAGCCGUAAUUGGCAAGCCGACACAGAGUCUCAGCCCCGUGGUGCCCCGACAGAGUCUCAGCGUAAUUGGCAAGCCCGACACAGAGUCUCAGCUGUACAAGCCCGACACAGAGUCUCAGCCGUGUGGUGGCAAGCCCGACACAGAGUCUCAGCCGUGGUGGCAAGCCCGACACAGAGUCUCAGCUGUAAUUGGCAAGCCCGACACAGAGUCUCAGCCGUAAUUGGCAAGCCCGACACAGAGUCUCAGCCGUCAAGCCCGACACAGAGUCUCAGCCGUGAAUUGGCAAGCCCGACACAGAGUCUCAGCCAGACUCUCUCAGCCGUAAUUGGCAAGCCCGACACAGAGUCUCAGCCGUGGUUGGCAAGCCUGACACAGAGUCUCAGCCGUAAUGGGCAAGCCCGACACAGAGUCUCAGCCGUGGUUGGCAAGCCCGACACAGAGUCUCAGCCAGUCUCAGACAAGCCCACACAGAGUCUCAGCUCAAGCCCGACACAGAGUCUCAGCCGUACUGGCAAGCCCGACACAGAGUCUCAGCCAGAUGGCAAGCCUGACACAGAGUCUCAGCUGUCAAGCCCGACACAGAGUCUCAGAAUAGGGCAUACAGAGUCUCAGCUAGUCUCAGCCAGAAUUGGCACUCACAGAGUUGUUAGUAGUAAUGAGCCUGACACAGACAGCCAAAGGGCAAGCCCGACACAGAGUCUCAGCUGUAAUUGGCAAGCCCCCCACAGAGUCUCAGCCGUAAUUGGCAAGCCCGUAGACCAAGCCCAGCAGAGUCUCAGCCUAAUUGGCAAUCUCAUUUACAGAGUCUCAGCCAGAAUUGGCAAGCCCGACACAGAGUCUCAGCCGUAA